AUGUCGCAAUAUGUACAAAGGGCGUUGCCCGGCACAAGUUAUGACAGACUUGUAAAAGGGGCUACUAAACCGAAGCCCACGUUACCAAAGGAGAAGUAUGUUCAUCCAAUUCUACAGGCGGCUUUUGGUUCCACCUCAGAUCUGGAUGAUGUGUUUUGGGCAUUGCAAGGCCGAUUGAACGAACCGAAUAGUAUGGUUGUAUUCAAGUCUUUGCUACUUCUGCACACCAUGUUCAGGUCAGAGUCGGCAAAAUUUGUACUAUCUUAUCUUGCUAAUGACCCGGCCAUCCUUAAGCUCCGACGCAUAGGAUCGAAUGGUCUCAAUGAGUAUUCGUAUUCCCAGCUAUUGCCUCGCUACGCCCACUAUUUAGAUGACCGCGUGCUUGCCUUCCGUGAACUUGGAUAUGACGUGGUUAUUGCUAGCAAACGUGACCGCUUCGCGCGCCUUCGCAAAAUGAGCGUGUCUAACGGACUUUUCAAGGAAAUCGCUAUGAUCCAGCGCGUUAUGACAUCGCUGUUAAAAUGCUCAUUCUUUUCUGAAAAUUUUCAUGACGAAAUUACAAACGCAGCUCUACACAUGACCCUCAAGGAUUUACUCGCUUUCUACAUGGGUAUGAAUGAGGGCGUUAUUAAUAUGCUUGAACACUACUUUGAGAUGUCAAAGUCGGACGCAGAACGCUCUCUUGAACUGUACCGUCGAUUUUGUUUCCAAACGGAAAAUGUCGUGGCAUUUCUUAACUCGGCAAAGCGUCAUUCACACCAGUUGCGCUCAUCUAUUCCACAUUUGAAGCACGCACCACUUUCGUUAGCCAAUGCGCUGGAGGAAUAUUUGCAUGAAACCGACUUUUCUAAGCACGAAGCAACAUCAAAAUUGGACACAAAAGAACCAGGGACAACAAAUAGUAAGGAGAACCCUGUUUCUGUCAAAGAAGCACCCUCUCCUACAGCCUCAAAAACGAAAGAGGUGAAGACAGCUGAGCAGCCAAAGAAAGGUGAUUCUUCGAGCAGGCAAGCGCUACAAGAUUUCUUCGAGUCGUUGGAACAACCAAAUACUCCCUUCAACUCUGCGUAUUCUUCUUACGCUGGAUUCAACUCACAACCCGACUGGUUUGGUAUGCAUGCUAUGGCCACGGGCGGAGGUGCUUUUGUUAUGCCACAAAUAACGGGAAACCCUUUUGGAUCACACUCAAAUGGAAUAGUCAUGCCACAAAUGACCGGCAUGAACCCAUUUGUUCCGCAAAUGCCCAUGAUGCCUCAACACACGAUGGCAACAACGCCUUUCGAUUCUAUCUUUGGUCAAAUGUCCUUGAGUCCACAAAGCACCACACCUCAACCGCUUCAAACACAGCCAUCUUCGUUUCAGCCCCACCCCCCAAUGCCGUCGCAACUCACUACUGAUGUUAGUGCUAGGCGCAGGUCAACUAUGCCUGUCAUGGACGCGCAGCCUCUCGUGUCUCGUCAAGCAUCAGUCUCGCGCAACGAAAUGCCCAAGGCCACUAUGUCACCCCAACAUACCUCCUCAAUGCGCCCUCAAAAGACAGGCACCAUGAAUCCUUUCUCUAUACCUAGUGAUUUUGAUGUUCCCAAGCCCGUCGUGCAAGAAUCGAAAAAACCCACAUUAAACGAUCUUGCUUUGGAUGCGUGGAAAAACAAGCAAUCGCCUGCUUCACCCCCUGCGGCAGCUCCCCCUCGAUCUUUGCAGCCUACUAAUACGGGUGGGCUAUUAGGCCAAGUGGCCUCUGAAUUCACACACACGCCUGGUGCCAAGUUAAAGCAAAGCAAUCCGCCAAAUUUCACCGAGAAUGGUUCUGCUGUGUUUAACAAGGGAGUUUCUUCGUCGCCACUUGAGACAGGCAUUACACCCAGUACUUCUAGGGGAAUACAGGCUUUUGGUCAUCAAACGACGAGUCAGGCAACUGGUCCAACCCAAUCACAGACGUCUUCGAGUCAAAUUCCUGCUUCUGGUUCGUUUAUGGAGUCAAUUGUCGCUUCUCAGGCUCCCAAUCAAAAUGUCCCCCCCUUGAGCCCUCAGCACAAUAUACAUGGCACCAUAUCUCAGAACACAGGCGUAGGUGCUAUGCCUAGUUCCUCAGCGCUGCAAGGUAUUCCGUCACAAUCGACGGGCUUGAGUUCGAGAGCUGAUCUCUCUUCCCAAUUUGCAGGGUUGGGUUCAAGCCUGGAUGGCCGGGCAAACUCUAUUUCACUCGGACAGGGCUCAGGUCUUGGAAUUGGACUUGGUUCCCAGCCGACGGGCUUCGGGUCACCAAGCACUUAUGACGCCCUCAAUGCUGGACUUCGCGAGAUCAAUUCACCCUUUAGACGCUUUGGAUCCGUUUCGUUAGCACACGGCAGUCCUGGAGCGCUCGGGUCUCAUGCCAUGUCACCAAUGGAACUCCAAUCUCAAAUCACAGGACUCACUGGAAUCAAGCCGUUUCAACCAUCCAGUGCAUUUGGUGCCAGCUUGCUCUCAGGUCAAACAACGCCAGGAUUGACACUCAAUUCAGAAUCGGGUCUCCAACUAGGAACUAGCAAGCAACCAUCAGUCCAGCUCCAGCAACCCACGCAGGAUCUCUUGCAGCUGUAG